UUGUUUUGGUCCUAUCAUUUUUUUCUUAGAUCGUCGCGUAAAGUUUCUGGAAUUCCUGUAAUUUUUGUCCCCGGUAGCUCCGGUUCGGUUGAGCAGAUUCGUUCCAUUGGUUCAAUUCUUCAUAAUAAAACUGAAAACAGAAAUUCUCCUUUCAGUUUUGAUGUCUUUGGUAUCGAUUUCAAUCAGGAAUUAUCUGGGAUAUCAGGAAUGUACCUGGAAAGACAAAUUCGAUUUCUUCGAUUAGCUGUUGACAAAAUAUGGAAUAUGUAUUCACCACAACCAGUUGGGCUUAUAUUUGUUGGACAUUCAAUGGGUGGUAUUAUUAUUCGAUCAUUAUUUUAUAGUCAUGAUUUUGAUUUAUCACGGAUAUCGCUGGCAAUUACUCUUGCCACUCCACAUAGUGCUCCUCCCUUUGUGUUUGAUUACUACAUGGAAAGAUUCUACGAGAAAAUGCGUUUGGAAUGGAAAGAACGAGCGGAACAAAUAAAAAAUAUUACAGUCAUUUCGAUAUCAGGUGGAUUAAAAGAUAUAUUAGUCCCUGAACACUUAACUCAAGAUUCAGGCAUUCAUCAUUUUUCAACAACUUCUAUCGAUACAGUAGAAGUCGAAGUUGAUCAUUUAUGCAUCGUUUGGUGUAAUCAACUGCAAAGGUAUUUUUUCAUACUUUUGAAUUCUAUUUUAAAUUUGUUUAUUUAUUUAUUUAUAUUAAUGAAUAAUAAUGUGAAUAAAUAA